UUAGUAUUCCCACUUGUUUAUUUAUUUUUUUUUUCUUCUUCCUCUUACUUUUUUUAUUCAUAUUACACCAUGAAGUUCCUCGCUGCCUACCUUCUUCUCGUCGCCGGUGGUAAGACCGAACCCUCUGCCGAAGAUAUCACCAAGCUCUUGGGCUCCGUCGGUGUCGAAGGUGAUGCUGCUCGUUUGAACUCUUUGCUUAAGGCUCUUGAAGGCAAGUCUGUCGAUGAAGUCAUCGCUGAAGGUGCCACCAAGCUCGCUUCCGUCUCCUCCGGUCCUGCUGUUGCCGCUGCUGGUGGUGCUGCUGCCGCUGCUGGUGGUGAAGCCCCUGCUGAAGAAGCCAAGGAAGAAGAAAAGGAAGAAUCUGAUGAAGAUAUGGGCUUCGGUCUCUUCGAUUAAACGCUUCAAGUUUAAAUCAAAUCAUUCAUUUUUG